GCGGGAAAGGUGAUUAUCAAUUAUAAUCGAUUUGCAGUGUUGAAUUACAUAACAUAGGCGCACUGUCCUUUCUUAUCGUCCCUAUGCAACAGAAGCUUCUGGACCCUUUCGAUAGUCCAUAUCUAAGUAAUUGACAUUUAAAUUUUUUCGCCCGUCAUUCCAACUUUGGUCGGGUUAAUUUUAUUACCGCAGCUUGGACUAAUUUAAUUUGAUAUUCCUGUAAAAAUGGAUACAGAUAAGUGUGCGACGACAUCCUGCCUGCGAGAGUGCAAAGUGGCCCGGAACAGCGGCUCCUCCAAUCCGGUGGCCACCGCGGCGAAUAAUUCCUUACCGAGCCCAAACAUGGGAAACGUGGUCGACGAGCACUUGCGCAAGAUCUUCAUUGGAGGCCUAUCCACCCAGACGACUGUGGAUACCUUGCUUGAAUUCUUUAGGCAGUUCGGAGCCGUGGCCGACGCGGUGGUCAUGCGCGACCCGGUGAGCAACCACUCAAGGGGCUUCGGGUUCGUCACCUAUGUGGAUCCCACAUCCGUCGAAAAAGUCCAGAAGGCCCGACCACAUACCAUUGACAAUAAAGCUGUGGAGACCAAGCCAGCUUUGCCUCGUCACGAGUUCAACAAGCCAGGAGGAGGUUCAGGUUCUGGAAGUGGCGGACCCGGGGGCGCCAAAACAACAAAGAUCUUCCUUGGCGGGUUGAAGGAAUGUCACGAUGAGAAGAGCAUUCGCGAAUACUUUUCGCAGUUUGGCGCUAUCGUUGGCGUAAAAUUGCUGAUUGACAAGGACACCGGCCGUAAGCGGGGUUUUGGAUUCCUGGAGUUCGGAGAACCCUCAAGUGCAGAGCGGGCAUUGGCCCAGGGCAAGCACUCGAUCAACCUGAACACGGUGGAGGUUAAGAAGUCCACCCAGAAGCCCGAUUCCGGCAAGCGCCUGCGGUUCCCUGUUUCCGGAUCCGUUCGUGCCGGCUACAUUCCGCCCCAGCCGGCCACCAUGGAUAGCUAUGGCCGCAACGGGAACUACAAUCCGUACCUGGUGCAGUCCGUCCUGCCACCAUCGGCAUUCAUCAAUGGUUGGGCUGCCUAUGUGACACCUGUGGUGCCACCAACUCCUCCCGGGCACUACGCAGCCCACCAGAAACAACAUCCGGGUCAACCCUUCCCUGGUUACGGCCCGAACGUAUGGUCGUCUUACCCGAAGCCCGGAAAAUAUGCUGCUCAGGAGUGGACACCCAGCAAGCUUGGCGAAUGGCCACCGAAGGCUGGCCACAAGCAUGCCCAGACCUCGACCACUGACCGUCCCAAGAACGAUUCUAAGAGCGUCCAGGUGACGCCCUCGGCCGCCAAUGUGGAUUUAGGUGCCAGGGGCGAUGCGGAUGGCGGCUCUGCAGUUAAGCUGGGACCGGGAUUGAAGGCUGGAGCAUCGGUUGGCAUUGGGGCAAUCAAGAAGUGGCCCACCGAGGACUUCAAGAUCUUCAAGCCCGCUCAGGCUCCAGCCCACGGCCUCAAUCCAAAAGUGGGAAACGGGGGUUCACCACCAACCUACGGCGUAUAAUUUAACGGAAACUCGAUAGAAACAUUCCCCGAUUCCAUGGCUAAUGGUAUUUUCCGAAUUUUACGAUGUAUUCCAAACCCGGAAGAGGAAGAUUAAUAAAGAAAACAAUAC